CUCACUCAUUGUAAAUUCUUUAGGACAUCUGAGACUGUGGCUAGCGCUCUUUGCCAUUUCCAGAGUUCCAGAGUAAUACGUUUAAACACCGCGACACCCACCGUACUGCGGUUAUUAAUUUUUGGACAUUAUUUUGAAGGUUUUUCUUAUCCCCCGACCGAAUAUAUAUUCCAAAACAUUGGCGUAUUUAUUCUGGUCACGGUUCGCGCUGACAGGCGCCUGUCCUGAAAAUCACUGUAGUGAAUCGGGUAGCAGAGAAGCAGCAAACGGACACCUGCAGUAGAAUGUAGCGGGAUUUCCCUGGUUUGGGUGCGAGAAGAAAUCUGUAAUCCUCAUUUCCCUGCCUCAUUGCUGUGGCCUGGGAGAAGAAGGUUUGGUGGGGCAUGGGGUGGCGUGUCUGUAGGCCUUGCUAUGUGUGAGGAGGCUCAGAGGAGGCCAUGGAGACCGAAGGCUACAGCCACCUCCUGGAGACGAGCGAUGGCAUGGGGGGAGGAGAGGAGCUGGAAGGCCUGGGCGGGGCCGGUUCGGACACCGGGUGGUACCUGCCCUACCCCGUCAGCUUCCAGGUGUCCCUGACCAGCUUCCUGAUGCUGGAGCUGGUGUUGGGCUUCAGCAGUAACCUGACCGUGCUGGUGCUCUACUGCGCCCAGUCCAACCUGGUCGACUCGGUCAGCAACAUGGUGACGGUCAACCUGCAUGUGCUGGACAUCAUCAUAUGUGUGCUGUGCCUGCCGAUGACGGUGGUGGUCAUCUUGCUGCCUCUGGACGGGAACCUGGCGCUGCUCUGCUGCUUCCACGAGGCCUGCGUGACCUUCACCAGCAUCGCUACCGCCGUCAACGUGCUGGUCAUCAGCGUCGACCGCUACGACAUCUCCGUGCGCCCGGCCAACCGGCUGCUGACCCCGCGGCGGGCCGCGCUGCUAUUGGCCGCAGUUUGGGCCGUGUCGCUGGCCGUCUUCUUCAUCCCCUUCCUGGAGGUGGAGUUCUUCACGGGGACGGACAGAGAGCUGGAGGGGCCCGAGCUGGUGCCCUUGUGGGAGAACCGGACGCUGCUGUGUGCAGGGGGGCAGGGCUAUCACACAGAGCUCACCAUGUACUACCACCUGCUGCUGCAGGUGCCCAUCUUCUUCACGGCCGUGGUGGUCAUGCUGUUCACCUACUCCAAGAUCCUGCAGGCCCUCAACAUCCGCAUCGGCUCCCAUUUUAGGAGGAGCCAGCGCAGCAAGGGCUCGUCCUGCAGGGGCCGCCGCAAGAGGCGCAGGAGGAAGGGGCUAGUGGGAGGAGGGGGAGGGUCCAGCCAGACCAGGAACCUCACCCAGCCACCUCUCAUCCCCUCCCCCACUCCAACCCCUACCUCACCCCCACCACUCUCCUCAAUUCCCCAGAUCACCUCCGAUAAUGGGGCCACCCCUACCAUCUCCCCCAGCCCUGCCCCUACUCCUGCCCCCACUCCCUCCCCUGUCCCCGCCCAUGCCCCGCCCUCCAUGGGCGUCCACGCCUCCGUGUCGGCCAUCAUCGCCCUGCGGAGGGCCGUGCGCCGGCACCGCGACAGGAGGGAGCGCCAGCGGCGCGUCUUCAAGAUGUCGCUCAUCAUCAUCUCCACCUUCCUGGGCUGCUGGGCGCCCAUCUCCGUGGUGAACAUCCUGAUCCUGAGCCUGGGCCCCAGCGACUGGCUGGUGCGGCUGCGGCUCUGCUUCCUGGCGCUGGCGUACGGCACCACCAUCUUCCACCCGCUGCUCUACGCCUUCACGCGGCAGAAGCUGAGGCGGGCGCUGCGGAGCAAGGUGAAGAAGCGCGUGGUGUCGCUGCUGCAGGUGGACCCGGCCCCCAGCGGCACCGUCAUACACAACUCCUGGGUGGAGCCGCGGAAGGGCCGCCGUCUGAGGCUGGAGGGCAGCGACGCCACCGACCGCUGCCUCACAGAGGCCGUGCGCGAGUGAGAGAGCGGAGAGAGAGAACGACUGAGAGAGUGGGACUAAGGAAGAGACAGAAAGAGAGAGAGAAGGAGGAGAAUAGUGUUGAUGCUUGUGUGUGCUUUUAUGCGUGUGUAUGUGUGUGUGCGUGCGUACUUGUGUGCAAUUUAAAUCUUAGCAGUCUCAUGGAAAUGUCCUCAUCGCUCUGGCAUUUCUGUAGACAAACGUGUGACAGCGGUUAUGUACAGGUGUUCUAAUUAAGCCCUGCUCUCAUUAAAGCCCUCCUCGUUUGUCAUCGUGAAGAGGAGCCACCUUCAUCCCUCAUGGCCCAUAUUUCAUCAUGAUAACCAUUUACAAGUAUAUGACAUGCACACUAAUAUUUACAUCAUACAUUCAUCAUACUCAUCGCAAUCAUACACUAGCACAGACCCACUGAUGUGCUCAGCACACUAACCAAGGCCAGUCUUGGGUGCUCAGUCCUGGUUGUGGGUUGCAAGUUUAUUAACACAACUGGAGUACUGAUGUUCUUGUCCAGUAAUUACCACGUUAAUUCAACCACUUGUCAGAGUUCUGAGAUAAUUUGUAAUUUGGAUGGUUUCCACGCUU